ACCCGAAGCCACUAGAAGCUCCGCUCUAAAAAACGAAAAAUAAAGAACGAAUGAAACGAACGCUCUUCUAUUUGCAUCGUGAAAAUCGUGCACCGUCCUUCCCACGAACUCACGAUGUUUCUGAAUGUCAAAUGUUUUAUCGCCACUGUCAGCUACGACGCUAAAAUGCAGGUGAGAAACUGUGGAUUGGUGCAAUAGAACCUCGGCCCCAGGAGUGGCCCGGGGGUUACCCUGGGGACCUUGGGGAGGUGAUCGCGCGAAGACGAAGUGGCUGAGACCGACGAAGGACACGGGAGGCGGAGGAGGAGGCCGCUAUGAACGCCAGCGUUAACGUCGAGAGGAACUCCUGGCGGCUGCCUCCCGAUGAGACCGUCCAGGUCGCCGAUCCCCGUUCAAAAUCAGCCCAGGUAAAAGAGGAUUUAACGUAUGGGGAGGGUGGUCACAACUGGCGGAGCAUAAUUUUCUCACUACUGGUCAUCGGCUUCGUUAUCGCUGGUAUCGUCACGGCAAUUUAUCUCCUCGGGUACGUCGACGAGCUCCUGUACUGGAGCGGCAGGCGUCUUACAUUAGACGAGUGCCUUCGUGAUGACCUGACACCGCACAGGUUACCAACGACCUGGAUAUCCCACGAGAAGUUUGUCUACCAAGCCGACGAUGGUUCCCUCACCCUCCUGAACACCCGCGUCAAUGUCGUGACCAUUUUAGUCUCUAAUCAUACGCUUAGACAAUUGAAUGUUCAGGGCUACGAAUGCAGUCCCGACCUGCGUUAUGUACUGUUCAGGCACAAUGUCAAGCCGGUCUUUCGGAACACUUUCACCGCUCAUUACACCGUCUACGAUGUCACGAAUGAUCAUCACACACCCCUUCGCUUGCAAACGUCGCGACGUAUGCAGCAGACGCGACUGCAAUACGCCAUUUGGCUGAGCAAUACGACCAGCAUCCUGAUGAUUUCCGACAACGACAUUUAUCUCAGAAUGUCGCCCGCCGCGACAGAGGACAUUCGCUUGACCGACACGGGUGUACCCGGAGUGAUCUACAAUGGCAUGCCCGAUUGGCUGUAUCAGGAAGAAGUGCUACCGAUACCGCAAGCAAUAUGGCCUAGUCCAGACGGCACCCGUAUUCUCUAUGCCACAUUCAACGAUACGCGAGUGAGCGCGUUGCAAUUUCCUUGGUUUGGCACGCAGUUGGGUCAAGACGGAAGUAGCUCGAGUCCGCUGGGAACAUUCAAGAGAGGCUCCUUCCCGCCUUCCAGAUCAAUUAGGUAUCCGACACCGGGCUCGCCCAACCCGGAAGUCGAACUGUGGGUUAUGGAACUUGGGAAUGUGAGCUCUACGAAUCACACCGGAAAUAUCACGAAGCCAGAAAAACGGAAGUUAAAGCCGCCGCCGUCUUUGGAUGGACAAGAUUCCUAUCUGAUAUCAGCCGGCUGGGUCGGCGACGACGCCACGCAGAUCGCCGUCGUCUGGAUGACGAGGAUGCAGAAUCUGUCGGUGGUUUCGGCCUGCCGUAGCCCUUUAUGGGAAUGCGAGGAGACCCACUUGGAGAGAGCACCUGAAGGACUAUGGCUAGACGCUCAGCCACAUCCUCUCUUCGCUCCGGAUGGUGAUAGCUUUUUAUUGCUAGCCACGGUGCAAGAAGGUGACAAAGAGCAUUUUACGCACAUAAAGCACGUCACGCUUACACAGCAGAGAAUAGCAGUUUUAUCGCACGGUCGUUACGAGGUAAGCGAGAUAUUAGCAUGGGACACCAAGGCACAUCUCGUUUAUUAUUUGGCCACUAGAGAGAAAAGACCCGGUCAGAGACAUCUUUACGUGGUACGCGAUCCCGCUGCGGAGGAUCCUCGUCAUUUCGAGCCAUUGUGUGUCACUUGCGAUCUCGGAGAAGUGCUUUGGAGCAGUAGGUUCUAUUACACAAAUUGCACGCAUUUCGGCGCUUCCGUCAGUCCGCCAAUAAACGACGACACGCAGGGUUACUACGUAUUGCACUGCGAGGGUCCUGGCCUUCCUCUCGCAGGCGUACACAUGACGUCGUCGCACAAGAUGGUCCGCGUGUUAUACGACACGAGAAUUCAACGUGCGGAUAAAUUAUCAGAACUGGCACUGCCCAUCAGACGAAAUUUCGAGGUGCCACUACCUCAAGGCUGGCGAGCGCAGGUGCAACUGCUGCUGCCUCCUUCGUGGCGGGAGGAACUCAGAGACGCGGCGUUUCCCGUGCUCGUUGAGGUGAACGGUCGCCCUGGUAGCGAAGCGGUCACGGACAAGUUCCGGAUAGACUGGGGAACGUACAUGUCGAGUCACAACGAUGUGGUUUACGUGAGGCUGGAUGUACGCGGCGCCCGAGGUCAGGGGAAAAAGGAUCUCUUCAGGAAAAUAGGUGGCGUCGAGGUGCAGGAUCAACUUACUGUGCUGAGACAUCUUCUCAAGACACACAAGUACCUCGACGUCACCAGAGUCGGCGUCUGGGGAUGGGGUUACGGUGGAUAUGUGACCGCGAUGGUCCUCGGCAGUCAAGAAAAUGUCUUCAAGUGCGGCGUCGCGGUAAAUCCAAUCGCCGAUUGGAUGUAUUAUAAUUCCGCAUUUACGGAACGAAUUCUCGGCGCUCCAGCCGAGAACUACAAGGGUUACGUGGAGGCUGAUCUCACGCAGCGAGCGAGAUUGGUGCCCAGUCGCAGCCUUUACCUCCUUCACGGUCUAGCUGACCUCACAGCGCCUUACACGCACGGCGUUGCCUUCGCUAAGGCUUUGUCCGAAGCGGGAGUCAUCUUUAGAUAUCAGAGUUACGCAGACGAAGAUCACGCCCUGACGGGUGUACUCGAACACGCUUAUCGUUCCAUGGAGGACUUCCUCGCCGAGUGCCUCGCCCUGGAUGCCUCCUAGUGCCUCAAGCCAAGAAAUCUUUUGUUGUCUCUAGUACGCCUAAUUCCGAUACAUCCAGAACGGACGUUAAUACAGAGACUCGUCCUCGAGAUCACGGCAACGGAUUGCGAAAAGAGUGAUCUCUUGGAAGCUCGUUCAGAGCCUGAAUCGCGAAAUAAGUCAGGCUGCUGGUUGGGAACGUGGCGGGAGAAGAAGAUCGUUUAUCCGACAAGACGAGAGCGAGUGAGAGAGAAGAAGAAAGUGGAGAAGAAACGUCAUUUGAUAUGUGAAAGAAAUUCAUGUAAAAAGAAGAUCGAGAUUAACGGAAGGAAUUCACGAAACGAGAGUAAAAUGGCGUUUGUAUGAGCAAUAUCGUUAAAACAUAUAUCAUUCGCCUGCGGAUUACCUCUUUACUACGAAAAACUCACUCACUUUUCUCUCUGGACGCGUAUCUAGUGAUACAUAUGUCACUAGGCCACGAGAGAAUUCAAACAUCACGAAAAGGAGAAACGAGAAAGAAUACGUCUGGUAGUAUUUUUGUACAUUAUCAAACGACGUCGCUUGCGUUUUCUGUACGGAUUUGGUAUGUCGAUAGUUACAUAAUUCGUCGGAUAAUAUGAAUUCAUACUCAACGCAUGAGCACGCAAGCGAUUUAUUUGAUAAUGACACGCGUCGUAAAAGUAUUACAAGGACAAAUGUACGCGCAUAUAUGCCAUGAAAUCGAUUUCAGGCAACGAUGAAUUUCGAGAUGCGGAGAUAAAAAUGAGAUGCGUAUUCGAAAGCACAGACUGAAUUACUAUGUGCGGAGCUUAUCGACGACUUGCAAAUUCGCAUCGUUCGCGUGACACGCCAUCGGAACGGCAUUUAUAAAAUCGGCGUCGAGUGUUUGCAAGCUCGUCAUUAACGUUUUGCUGUGUUCCAAGUCCUAAAGGCGUUUAUUAGAAAGAGCCUGAGAUUUUGUAGCGCGACUAAAGACGACAUUAUUACGAAUAACAGAUCAACGUACAGAGCUUAUUGGGAGUCUGCAAACUUGCACUUUUCUUUAUAUCUCAUUUUUUACACGAAUGUAUCGAAUAAUGGUAUUUGAAAAACCGUAUCUCGAUACGGAUAAUUGGCUCUGCGAAUUGCAAUCAACACUUUUGUCUAGGGAGUGUCUUUGCAAGCUUCCAUCUCUUUUUUUUUCUAGCUACGUCACUGGUGCCUCCUCGAUUUUAAACGAGGAAAAAGUAUCUACGCCUAAGCGGUGACGUUCGUCCAAAGGCAUCGACAUAUUUACCAUUAUAUAUAGAAUCGAACGGCUACUGUAAGUUUUGUGUUGUACAGCUUGGCGCCUAGUUCUAUGUAUCAUAAUGUUAUACGCGUAAGAAGUUGUUCUAUACAGCUCUUAUAUAUUCCCAUUUUGAUCCGCCCCCUCCCUCCUCUCUUCUACCCGUUUGAAUUUUGAAUAUUUGUACAUACGUAUACACUCAUGAGAAUUGUUCUUUCGUGAGACCCCUUCGACGAGAUUUUUCGCUGAUGCUUGCAAAAAUCACGAGUUAUUUAUAGGACAAACAGUCUUUUCUGGUUUCUAAAUUCAAUUUUCGACAAGAUUUAUGAAAAAUAUACUUGUCAGAGCAUGCGUGAACUCGAAUCUCAUCGAAGGUGCAGGUAUCAGAUUCAUUAUCUUCCCUUCGAUAUACAUUGAUCAAUCCCGAAUAGAUGUACGAUUAUGCUAAACAAGUGAUAUAUUUGCAAUCGUCACAACUAGCUGUCGAUCAUCAGACGCGAUCGGCAUUAGAGAUUAAAAUGCUCGGAGAUUCUAUGAACUGAGGUGUCGUCGAGAAAUAAUAGGACUCGUAAACGUCUCGAAAAUAUCUGCGACAGUGUUGACAUUUUUAUGAUACAUUUUCACACAUCUUUCGAAAAAUUUCAUAAAUUAUUUUAUUAUUAUUUAUUUAUCGCUAGCUGCACAGAAUAUUUAUGUUGAUAUUAUAAAUUUAAAAAAUGUCUUCAUUAAUUUAAUUGUAUCCUAAAAUAUACUUUCUACAAAUUACUUCAUCAGAUGUUUAUCAGAUUUGAUCAGAACUUUGUUAGAUCGCAGAUAAUGUUCGAGAGAUCGUGUCAAUCUUUCUAGUUGUUUGAAAAAAAAAUAACUUGCGAGUUCGUGAAUGUUAAUUAGAAAAGAGGCACGCUCGGAUGAGAAAGUGUCGCACGUCGCCAUAUGUACGCUGCAUGACAAGCAGCCCCAAAAUGCCGACAAUCAAGGCUAGUGCAACUAAUCAAACGAUAAUAAAUAGAAACGGAGAGAAAAGAAAACUACUUAAUAAUUUUAAUGAAUACUCGUGAAUGAUCGCUGUGCGUAUUGUAAACCGUGAUGCGAAGUCUGUAUUGUCAAACUAUCGCGGCCGAGGAGACUUCGCGGGAGCGAUUUAUGCGAAAAUAAAAAUAGACGCAAAGGAUUGUUAAGUCAAGAUAAUGUGCCCGCUGUCGACUGUAGAAAGUACAAAGAUAUAACGCGUAAUGGAGGCUUCGACAAAUUUUCUAUUGUUUUGCUCAAAAAAGUUCAAAUAGAACUUGGCAAAAAUUUCCUUUAACAUUUUCUCGCUAUCUCACAAUAAACUAAAGUUCUGUGUGAUAAACCUUCAAUGUGCAAUACUUAUUACAUGUAAUACGCAGCAAGUGUUAUGUUAAACGAGGUUCCUCCAUUUCGCGAUAAAUGAUUGGUCAUUUGUAGUGAAACAAAAAGUUUAUCGUCAACAAUAUCGCUUCCAUUUAUCCCCGAAUAAAUAUAACGCGAGAAAUUGAAACAAAUUCCGUUUGAUCUAAGAAACGAGAGAAAGAGUGACUGAUUGUUUGAUGAAAAUUGAAGAAGCGUGAGAAUUGCAGGGAGAAGAGACGAGAAGGGGAAGAAAGAGGAGACAGAAAUAAAGCGAAUGAAAGUGGGAACGAGAGAGUGUGUGAGUGUGUAAUCUACAAUCAAUUAUUAAAUAUAAUAACGGCAGAAAGUGAGGCAAAUUAAAUGUAAGCAUAGGGUAUCGGAAAAAAAUUAUCACGAACGCAGGCACGCAACAAGCAUGCGAAUUAUGAAGUUAAUCGCAACAAAGAAACCUUGGUAGCAGCGCAUAAGAGUAUCUAUAGCUUUUGGUAACGUAUUAUUGCCGCUAGGCUAAACAAAAACACACAUGCAUACACAUACACACAUCUACGCAUAUACACGCAAUAUAUUAAAAAAAGAAAAAAAAAACAGAUAAUUCACGCGGAACUCGAUAUAAAGAUUGGGCCCGUGCGAACGCACAAACAAAUUGACGCGAAUUAAGUACAUUCGUCGUAUAGAUCGAUCGACUGAUCGGCACGAUCGAUCGUCAAACAGAACACAUCAAUGCCGAUAAAUUUAGGUAAAAAUAAUUAGUCUAAUUCAUUGAUUUCUCAUAGAAGAAAUAAAUAGUCAAUGUAAAAAUCAAUUGCUAAAAAACACUUUAUCUAAAUUUCGAAUAAUUUUAAAAUUUUUAUCUGUAUUUAAAUAUUAAAAUUGACGCAUAGAAAAUUUCAAUUUUGAUGCUCUGCUGUGCUAGCGACACAGAGCAAAUUGAGACCCCUUAACGACGACGAGUGACUCCUUUUUUUCCAACAAUUUGUGGCUCUAAACAAGUCUGUAUCCGCUCGAAACCGUGUUUGACUGUCUUGAAAGAUCGUUUUUUAUGUCUAUUUCAUCGAAAUGCUCGAUACGCAUUCCAUGAAAGCCACGGAUGUCGAUCGGACUGCUCGAUCGAUUCUUGCCUUCGAUUCGUAGCACGAAAGUUAUUUCUACUCGAUUUUUGGCGAUAUUCGCACGGACCUGCACCGCAAAUAUCCACGAAAUCGGCUAAUCAAUGAUUCGCACUGAUUAAUGAUAAUGUCGAAAAAAAUAAGCAAUGAAUCUGCAAAAGUUAGGAAUUGACUAAAGAUUUACAUCUCUUAUUCUGUUAGAAAAAAACCUUUUUCGUUUAUUAAAAAAAAAGUAAUGAAUUGCUUCAAAGAUUUCAGUUCAUCUAACGCAUCUAAAAUUUUUGUCUGAAAUUUAUAUUAUUUUAAUACAUGAAGUGUCUUUGUAAUUCUAUUUUAUGUAAUUAAUUACUAGAAUUUAUUGAGAAAAGUUUCACAUCUAAUUUUUUGCUGAGAGAUGAAUUGACAAGAUUGCGAAGAUGAAAUUCAAUCGAAUUUUUGAGAGCGAUUGCAGUUAACUUCGCUUAUGGACUUAUAACCUGUCGCCGAUUUCGCGGAUAUCGUUCAAGUUAUCUUACACGUAACAUCCACGAGAUAAUCAUGUUAUUAAGAUUCUGCGUUUUUUAAUAUCAGCGAUGCUCCGCCCAGACAUCGGACGGAUAAAGUGUUUUCAAUAAACUGUUACAUUAUC